AUGUUUUGCGACAUACAUGACGUCAUAUUCAAGCGACUUGUCAUGCCUCGCUCAUUUUGACAUUCCGAACGAAAAGGAUACUUAUACUGGGAAAAAAUAAAAUGUUUCAAUACAUAUUCAGCGCGCAAAUUAUGUGAUAAACAGCUUGCUUAUCUUAAGUUUGGAACCGCAAACGAAGGUUCACCCAUAAUGAUGUGGAUGAAGUUUACCAGGUCGAUGACCUUUGUGACUCUACGGAUAUGUCGCUAUGGAAGCCUAGCAAAACUGAGGCCUCACAUCAGAAGCGUAUCUCAGGGCUCCUCCUAUCUGGACUCCAGGACUCACAGCAUCCAGCCUCUCUGCUGCAGGUCGCCCCUUUUAGCUGGCCAUGCCUCCAUCACACUGACUGUGGGGCUUCAGCCUAGAAGAACUGUAACCACAGACCGACCGAGCUGGUAUGAGAGUGUUGCAGACUCUACCCCCGUAUACCUCACGGAGCAGCUCCUCGUGUCCGCUCAACAGGUGACAGGACUGCCGUGGUGGGCCAACAUCGUGUGCACGACACUGGCCCUGCGUACAGCCAUCACUCUCCCCCUGGGAAUCUAUCAGUCCAUUAUCAUUGCAAAGGUUGAAGCUCUGCAGAAGGAGAUAGCUGUGUUGGCCCGCCAGUUACGCUUUGAGAUCUCUAUAAAAGCCAAAGAGAAGGGCUGGUCAGAGAAAACGUGCAGGUUCCAUUUCAAGAAGAAUCUGAAACGAAUCGUGUCUGAGCUUUAUGUUCGAGAUAACUGCCACCCAUUCAAGGGCAGUUUACUGAUCUGGGUCCAGCUGCCCAUGUGGGUUUGUCUGUCUCUGUCCUUGCGUAAUCUCAGCCUGGGAAUGGGACAUGUUCCCCUUGCAUCAGAAGCAGGUUUGCCAACAGGUGGCGCUCUGUGGUUCCCUGACCUCACUCUCCCAGACUCUACCUGGAUCAUGCCAGUUUCUCUUGGCUUCAUCAACUUGCUCAUCACAGAGAUAUUCGCCCUCAGACAGCUAGAGCCUUCAAAGUUCCAAAAAUAUGUGACUAACUUCAUCAGAGGAAUAUCUCUGGUGAUGAUUCCUAUAGCUGCCACAGUCCCGUCAUCCAUGUCUCUGUACUGGCUCAGCUCCAGUUGUGUUGGCCUGGCACAUAACUUGCUCCUGAAAUCCCCUCGCUUCCGGGCCGUCUGUCGGAUCCCUCCAACACGUUCAGACUCUGAAACACCAUACAAGGACAUUGCAGCUGCAUUUGUAGCCAAAUACAUCAAAUAGAUGGAUGUGGAUGUCGUACAUUGGAGCAUCAGCCACUGAAAAUGUGAACUGAACUUGUAGAUACCUGUGUAUGUUGUGGUGGAUUCAUCCAUCAGAUAUGAUUAUAAAAAACAGACUCUAAUGAGUUGUACAAUUUUAAGAUGAUGUUAAAAUAAAAGUUAUUUGUGAAAAAAGGAAUAGGUCUCCAUUUU